AUGGAUCUUUUCACAGCCAAAACUGCGAUUAAAUUCGCCCUUCCACCUAUGGGACUUUUUGAGCUCCCUCCAAGCCAGCUUCACAAGCCGGCUGCACGUCUCCCUCUUCCACCCACGGAUACUUCCGCGGCAAAGCUUUUCCAGCCAUUUAUGAUCAAAUCUGAAGCUUUUCGGUUCUCUCUCGAUCUCAAGUUCGUUCUCACUUUUGUGACGGAAAAUCAGUCUUUUAACCGUUUAUGCCUUGUCUUAGUUUCAACGAACUCAAAAAGUGUCUGGGAAGGAGGUGGUGGUUACCUGACCUGGAUUUUCUAUAUCAGCAAGUUCUACGAGGUUGUGGACACGCUGAUCAUUCUCGCACGCGGGAAAAAGAGCUCAGCUUUGCAAACAUAUCAUCAUGCCGGUGUGAUUAUAUGUGGAUGGGCAGUGAUUAGAUAUGAGUCCCCGUUGGGCUUUCUUGGGGUGGUAUUGAAUGCGGGAAUCUAUACUUUGAUGUUCACUAUCCAGAGCCUCGGGAUUUCUAUCUCUAUGGGUUUGAAGCGCACUCUUACCAGCCUUCAGAUUGUCCAGUUCACAGGGGGGGGGGGGGGGGGGGGGGGCUAG